ACAUUGCAAGAGAUUUGGAAGGCUUUAAAAAUGGCAGACUGAUCUGAUCUGCUGUUCUUCUGCGGGUUUGUCCUGCUGAAUUAUUGUAAAAAUAGGAUUCAAAAAUUACUUAAUUCUUUGCUUAUUUAUACUUUAGCUAAAUGUGUUAGUAAGUUGUGACAAAGCUAGGCUAUUGACUGUGAUUGUUUUUUUAUAAGUAUUCCAAAUUCAAUCAAUAAUUAAGAUUUCUUGGGUAGGUUGUACGCGAUAGCCUAGACUACAUUCAAACAUGGAAUGCCCACAUCUCAUCAACUGUGUAAAGUUACAAACUAACAAUUUGACUGAUAAAACAAACGCAACAAAGGAAUUGAUUUGCUCAGACUGUUCUACGGAUCGUAGCCCGUGGAUUUGCUUACAUUGCGGAAAAAUACACUGCGGCAGAUAUGUCAACGGUCAUGCCCUACAACAUUCCUCAAGUAUUACCUGUCACAAUGUCUGUAUGGACUGCGAGAGUUUGGCCGUAUUUUGUUAUGACUGUGACGAGUUUGUUGUGAAUGAUGUGGGCGGUGGAUUGGUUGAGCAGGCGAGACGGGUGGUGGCUGGGUGGCGGGGGGGCUUGGGGGCUCAGCACCCCCCCAAAUCCCCUCCGCCCACUGCGCGUACACGCACGCUCCGACCCAGGUCGCGGAAAAGGUCGCACUCGGCAGAUAGCGGCAGUGGGGGUUCGGAGAACAACCCCACCCCUACUCCUCCACACAAGAUGGCCAACAACUCACAGUCCUCGCCUAUAAAGAGUCCGAAAAAGGAGAAAAAAGUGGUUGGAUUGAGAAAUCUCGGCAAUACCUGUUUUAUGAAUGCUGUGCUACAGUCGCUCAGCAACAUCGAUGAAUUCUGUCUGUACUUCAAGCGGUUGCCUUCGCUGGACAGUGUGGUAAGAAGCAACAGUAAGAGCAACAGCAACAGCAACACGACAACAACACGGGCCAAGGUGUAUCACGGCCGUAGCAGCAGGAGUGUCAGUCAUCAGCUCAGUGACGAACUCAUGGCCGAAGAACUGAGAAAGGUGUUGAUCAACUUGAAGGAUCAGAGUGAUGAGUCAAAAACCAGUGCUAUUUCGCCUGAGAGCUUGUUCUUGGUGAUUUGGAAGGUGGUGCCACGAUUUCGAGGCUAUCAGCAGCAAGACGCCCAUGAAUUUCUUCUGUACAUGCUAAGUCGCGUUCACACGGAGCUUUUGCAUCUGCUGCCAGACUUGAAGAAUACACUGAAAGAUAACCUAUAUGUUUCGCUUGGCCACUCCAUUGUCACCAGUGUGUUUGGCGGCGUACUGCAGAGUGAGGUGCGAUGUCUCAACUGUAGCAUGGAGUCUAAGAUGAACGACCCGUUUUUGGAUCUCUCACUGGAGAUUCCCGAUAAAUACCUUCAGCAAAGGAAGGUGUCCUCCUCUCACAAGGAUAAGGAUAAAGACGAACCCACGCCGCCUGAUGAACCACACAAACCCCCUCCUUGCCAUAUUUUCGAUUGUCUAACAAAUUUCACAGAAGUUGAGGAAUUCGCUGAGUCGGAACUUUACUACUGCAACAAUUGCAAGGGGAAGCAGAGGUCAACAAAACGCUUCUGGAUCAGACGGCUGCCCAAUGUUCUUUGUCUGCACUUCAAACGAUUCCGUUGGAACCACACAUUCUACACAAAAGUGGACACGAGCAUAAGUUUCCCGGUCACCUCACUGGACAUGUCCAAGUUUGUUCUGUCUGAUGGACCGGUCAUGCCGGACCGGACUUUGCCAGCUGAUGGCAAACAAAGUCUGUCCAACAAUAUGACAGCGGACAUGGUCCCUGAUGGUCCAGAGUCUGACGGUCCCGCAUCGGAUCGGAAACUGUCUGACAGUCUUGCAUCAGAUGGGAAACUGACUGAUGAUCCGGAAAAAUUGUCUGAUGGCCCAGAAAAUGUGUCCGGUGGUUCGAAUCUGUACGAUUUGGCCGCAGUUAUCGUCCAUCAUGGGUCCGGCGCCGGAUCGGGUCAUUAUACUGCAUUUGCAUUGAAUGACGGCCAGUGGUUUCACUUCAAUGACAGUUCUGUUCGUCCCACACAGCCGGACAUAGUGGCCAAAUGCAAGCCCUACAUUAUGUUUUAUAUAAGGCGCGAGUUUCGAUUACCAGUUGUGGCCAGUUCAUGAUGAUGAAACUUCAAGGCAUGUUCACAUUGGUUGCUUUUCUACAAGAGUUAGGAAAGUUACAUUCUUUGCAACUACGUUCUAUAUGAGGCAUGAGUUAUGGCUACCGGUUAUAUUGAAUACAAGGAUUGUUCAGAAAAUAAUUGGUUGCUGUUCUACAAGGGCCGGUUUAGAAGAGUUGAGAAACUGACACUCUUUGCAAUUAUGUUCUAUAUCAGGCAUGAGUUUACCGGUUAUAUUGAAUACCAGGAUUGUUCAGAAUCAGUUGUUCAAGAAAUUAAUGUUUGUUCAAAUUAUUUUUCUAACAAUGUACAUUACAAGUGAGAUGGUGCAACAGGCUUAUUCCAAAAACAGCUUCAAUCUCGAAUUAAAUGAGCCUAAUGCUAUCUAUAGACAAGAGGUUAUGGUUUUAGGUUCACAAGUGUCAUCCAAGAAAAGCCAGUAAAGUGGCAAUGUUAUUUACAAGAGUUAUUUAAAAAUAUAUUGAUGCCAAAAGAUUCCAAUUUUUAAUUGCUCUACAAGGGUUGUUCGAAAAGUAAUGGAUUGUUGUUUUACAAGAAGGGCGUUUCAUAAAGUGACAAUGCCAUUGUUAACUGUAAUUUUCGCAUUGUAUGUUGAAAAAUAAGCUGAAAAAAGAAGGGACAAAGAAGAACUAGGGGAAAAGUUAUAGGAAGGAGAAGCAAGAAGAUUUUGGGACAGAAGAAGUAGAAAACUGAGAGAAGGAAUAAGUGACAUGAUUUAGAAAUUGUUGUACAUGUACUUUUCUUCUAUAUUAUUAAACUGACUUUGAACUUUUGUCUAGAACUUUUAGAGGUCUUAUAAUAACUAAAUGUUUUAUUACUAUCGUAUUUCAUAAAACUUUUAAAGUGAAAAACAUUCACAUUCUUUGAUGUGGCGACGUCCGUUUCGUGCUGGUAUUUUCAAUCCAAACAGAAGUAUUUAACUGAAGUAUUUUAAGGUUAUCAGCAAUAGCCCAGUUUCUGUUUGGCUUGAAAAUGUGCGAUACCAGCACGAAACGGACGUCGCCACAUCAAAGAAUGUGAAUGUUUUUCACUUUAAAGUUUUUUUGAAAUACGAUAGUAAUAAUAAUAGUGAAAACAAGAUGGAUAACCAACACUAAAUAUUUUACUUUGAAAAAGUAGAUUAUUUGCAAGAUUUCAUAAUAUUAUUUGAUCAUUAGACUUGAGUGAGAUUCACUUUGAUCUUAUAAAUAACAUCAAUUCAUGCUGACAGUUGAAAGUGAAUUUAUUUCACUAUAAAACAUGUAUUCUUGUAGAAUUGUAAAACCUAUUGGAAUGUUCUCUCAGAUUCACUUUACACUGUCAUCAUUAUUUGAAUAUAAAGUAUUGAUGUAUUUUGCAAGGAAUGCUGUCGGUUUAAAAUCUUAACAGUACUGCCUCUUAUUGACUUGUUAUAUAAGGUAUUAUUUAUCGACCGGUGUAUUAUUUAUCUAAAUUAUAGUGAUAGAAAAACGGGGUUUAUCAUGUUGAAAUAACUGGUAUUAGGCUACAGUAAGAUUGACUAAAAUCUGUCAGCAUUGUUUGAAUGGAAAGCGUGAAUGUUAUUCAUAAGGAUUUAUGACAAUUUAAAUUGAAUCCCAAUGUGUUAUAUCAAUACAAUGCU